CCAGAAUUUAAGGAAACUAAAUGGACAACUUCCAUUUUGCCCUAAAUAGGCCUCCUCCUACGAUUAGACUUCGCCGGUCGAGUCACCAACCGGACAACCAACGCAUGGAUCAUCAGCUCCAUCUUCACGGGAGCGGCCCCGGAGCCACAGCCAUUACCCCUUUCUUCGUCGCAAUGGACCAGUACGCUGCCUCCACAUCAACUUCACCACCGGAAAAGGCGCCGGCGGCGGCACCGUUGGGAGCCCCGGAACACUGCGGAAAGUCGAGCUACAGCAGGAGGUCAUCUGACACGAUCAAGGCCAAGAUCAUGUCGCAUCCUCUCUAUCCGGCUCUCCUUGGAGCCUUCAUAGACUGCCGGAAAGUCGGAGCGCCGCCGGAAGUCGUUGGUCGGCUCUCCUCCCUCGUCGACGAGCUCCGGCCAAGUUCAGAUGGCAUGCAGGAACAGCCGGUGGACCCAGAGCUCGACCAGUUCAUGGAGACCUACCGUGAUAUGCUGGUGAUGUACAGUCAGGAGCUCACCAGGCAAAUCCAAGAAGCCAAUGAGUUCUUGAAGAGCUCUGAGGCCCAUAUCGACUCGUUUGCACUGCUAGGUAACAACUACGACGAGUGCGGGGGGGUUUGUGAAGAAGACGAGCAGGAGACCGGGGGCGUCGCCGGCCUCCUGCCUUCCGGCGAGGGCAAGCGGCUGAAGCGCCAGCUCCUGGACAAGUAUAGCGGUUACCUGAGAAGCCUAUGGAGGCAGCUCUCCGGGAAGAAGAAGAAGAGCGGCAGGCUGCCGAGGGAGGCGCGCCAGAGGCUCCUGCGUUGGUGGCAGCUGCACCACGGAUGGCCCUACCCAUCGGACUCGGAGAAGGCGGCGUUGGCGGAGUCGACGGGGCUGGACACGAGGCAGAUCAACAACUGGUUCAUCAACCAGCGGAAGCGGCACUGGAGGCCGACGCCGCCGGCGAUGGACAGCAGGUUGCAGCAGCACAUCAACGCCGGUGCUUCCAGCGGCAGCUCUCCGGCGGUCCUUGGGAUGGAAGGCCAGCGCUUCACCGGACGGAGUGGGUGUCCCGACGGUGGUCCGUUGAGACCCUGAUCGAUCAGUGGGCCGCAUGCCUGGCAUAGUGUGUCCAAACCUACAUGCAAUAGAUUCAUUGCAAAGUGGAGUUCAUGAUGGAGUGUAAAUGUGAUCAAUUCAACAAUAUUUUUCGAACCAUCAACUAAUUAAAUAA